AUGAUCACGACCCUAAUCACCCACGUUAUUAACCCCCUUGCCUACAUCGUGCCCGUUCUCCUGGCAGUUGCUUUCCUCACCCUCCUGGAACGGAAAGUUCUCGGGUAUAUACAACUUCGGAAAGGACCUAACAUUGUCGGCCCCUAUGGGUUGCUUCAACCUAUUGCAGAUGGGGUUAAGCUCUUUAUUAAAGAACCGGUUCGACCGUCUACCUCCUCCCCCUUCCUAUUCCUCGCCACACCAAUACUAGCCUUGACACUCGCACUUACCUUAUGGGCCCCCAUGCCCAUUCCCUACCCCGUCACUGAUCUAGGCCUAGGGGUACUCUUUGUCCUUGCCUUGUCAAGCCUUGCCGUAUAUUCGAUUCUUGGCUCAGGCUGAGCCUCUAAUUCUAAGUAUGCUUUAAUCGGGGCCCUUCGAGCCGUAGCACAAACUAUUUCCUACGAAGUAAGCCUAGGCCUUAUCUUACUUAGCGUGAUUAUUUUCACGGGGGGUUUUACACUUCAGACUUUCAAUGUUGCUCAAGAAAGCAUCUGAUUGCUCGUUCCAGCCUGGCCCCUUGCUGCCAUAUGAUAUAUUUCAACGCUAGCUGAGACAAACCGUGCACCCUUUGACCUCACAGAGGGGGAAUCAGAACUAGUCUCUGGGUUUAAUGUAGAAUACGCCGGAGGACCCUUCGCCCUUUUUUUUCUGGCGGAGUAUGCCAACAUCCUUCUCAUAAAUACGCUCUCAACCAUCCUAUUUCUGGGGGCAUCACAUAUCCCCGCCUUCCCCGAACUAACAGCCAUAAAUCUAAUAACAAAAGCCGCCCUACUAUCCGUGGUCUUUUUAUGGGUGCGAGCCUCAUACCCCCGCUUUCGGUACGACCAGCUCAUACACCUAGUUUGAAAAAGCUUCCUACCUAUAACCCUGGCACUUGUCCUAUGACACCUUGCACUCCCAAUCGCACUAGCCGGCCUACCACCACAACUUUAA